AGAGAGCGUAUUGCGGUGGAUAUGGAGUGGGCCGGGAGCUGCUGGCUGCCUGCCUCAGGACUCCUGCUGCUCCUGCCCCUGCUGCUCCUGUCAGAGGAACCGCUGUCGCCGCUCCCGCUGCUGCUCCUGUUGCCGCUGCUGUUCGUCCUGAUCUGGUUAUACCGCCUUCUCUUCGUUCCCCUGGAGCUCUUCCGGGAGCUGCACGAUGUAGGCUACACCCCCGACCCCGGCGUUAGUCGCCGCCACAAGGCCAACGAAGUGAGGCGGAGGCGCAAGCGAGGAGAGCUACCCCCGGUCUACCCGAAUGGCUGGUACCGACUCCUGGACUCCCGCCAGCUGCCGGUUGCUCAUGUGAAAAAUGUCACCAUCUUCGGUGAGCAGGUGGCUGUUUACCGGGGCCAGGACGGGACAGCUUACGUGGUCGAUGCAUAUUGCCCCCACCUGGGCGCCAACCUGGCUGUGGGGGGCCGGGUGAUUGGCAACUGCAUCGAAUGUCCAUUCCACGGCUGGCAAUUCCGUGGUGAGGACGGGAAGUGCACGGAGAUACCAUAUGUAGAGAAAGUGCCGGACUUUGCCAAGAUUAAGACGUGGCCCUGCUGCGAGCUGAAUGGGGCGGUGUACGUGUGGUAUCACUGUGACAGCCUGGACCCUAGCUGGAACAUCCCGGUACAGAACGAGAUCCAGUCCGGAGAGUGGGUGUUCCGUGGCUUCACGGAGCAUUACAUCAACUGCCACAUUCAGGAGAUCCCCGAGAACGCAGCGGACGUGGCCCACCUCACACAUCUCCACAGCCCAGCUAUCCUGAGCGGGACCGACCUCCGGAACACCAGGACCAAGCUCUGGGGCUUCGUGCAGCAUGACUGGAAGGUGCAGUGGAGCCCCGAGGCCGAGCCUGACAAACACUGCUCACGGAUGCUGGUGAACCAUGCUCUGCACAUCCUGGGCUGGCACUGCCCCCUGCUGGACCUGCACGUUACUGCCAGACAGGUGGGGCCUGGUCUGGUCUACUUGCUGUUCAACCACUCGUUCCUGGGCCGAGGAGUCAUCCUGCACUGCGUGACCCCUGUGGAACCCCUGCUGCAACGCGUCAGCCAUUGCAUCUACUACCAGAGCAACAUCCCCGCCAUCAUCCCCAAGUUCCUACUCAAGGGCGAGUGUAUCCAGUUUGAACGGGAUGUCAUGAUCUGGAACAACAAGAAGUAUGUGUCGAAACCUCUGCUGGUGAAGGAGGACGUGGCCAUCGUCCGCCACCGCCGCUGGUACGCCCAGUUCUACACGCAGAACAGCCCCCGGUUCUCAGCCCAAAAGGAUGGCCUGGACUGGUGAGGGCAGGGGCAGACUGAAGUAGAGAUUGCUGAGGGCGCAGCGACUCUCCUAUCUCCGGGUUUUAAGGCAAACUCAGAUCUCCGCACUCACCGCAGAUGGGGCUUCCCCACUCUUCUCGGGGGAGUGAUUCCAUCUGCAUCUUCACAAGAAGUUUUCUAGGACUUGUAUUUACCUGCACUGUAUACACAGAGGCUUGAGUCACCUUUCCUAGCACGGGCCGGAGCAGGGGGACAGACUUACUGACUGGUGGGGCUGCUGCGACCCAGGGAAGGGCCUCUGCUGGAGAGUGGAACUGGGCGGGCUGA